GGCGAGCGGUGCCGGCUGUCGGAGUCCUCCGCGCUUCAGUGUCUGGGAAACUUGAGUCGCUUGCCGCGGAGCAUCUGUGCCGUGCCCCGAGGGGCGCUCCGGCGGAGGAAGGUGGCCCCGCGGACAGCGGCAGGAUGGCACGGACUCUGAGACCCGACGACAUCAACCCCCGGACGGGGCUGGUGGUGGCUCUGGUCAGCGUCUUCCUGGUGUUCGGCUUCAUGUUCACCGUGUCCGGCAUCAAGGGAGAGACCCUGGGAGAUAUCCCGCUGCUGGCCAUCGGGCCGGCCAUCUGUCUGCCGGGCAUCGCCGCUAUUGCCCUCACCAGAAAGACCGACGGCUGCACCAAAUGGCCCGAGAACAUGCGUCCGUGCUGUAAGCGAGUGAAGGACCGAGAUGUCAUGGAGCUGCUAAGGACCCCCUCAGACCUGGAGUCUGGCAAGGGGAGUUGUGACGAACUGGCCAAGAAAGCAUACCAGAAGGACAGGAGAGUGCUGCGGGGUGAGGAGAAUUCCGUAUUCGUCUGCACCACCACCGCUGCCACCAUGGGAGAGUGCAACAGCCUCACCAAAAAAGUGGAACAGGAGGACAUGCUGAAAUACCUGGAGACCUCUUACCCACAGAUACCGGGGAGUGUGUGCAUGGGAGAUAGCUCCAUGUACAGUGCCUUGGAGAAGAAGAGCUCUUCUCCCAGCAGGGACAGCACUGCUUGCCCUGACAUUGAAGACAACAUUUUUGUGGCACCUAAGGACAGUAUCAUUGUCUGUUCUUACAAGGAUAACAGCCCUUAUGACAGAUACUGUUGUUACAUAAACCCUACUGGAAUCAACUCAGACCAGGAGAGCAUAGUGUGAAACAUGCAAACUUUAUAUAUAUGUGUGUAUACAAAAACUGCAACUUCAACUUCUUGAUAGGGGAUAAUAUAGCUGACUGCACUGCAUGGGACAAUCCUGAUACUAUUUCAAUUUAACCUGGUAUGUGACUGAUACUUAAACCUUUUGUGCCUGAAAUACUGUUUCUCCUGUAGGCACACUGGCAGGAGGGCAGUGGCUGUCAGCUGAGAUCAAGAGCUGAAUCAGACUCAAGCUGUCUGUGGGAAAGAAUGUGGUGCUCUGUGGCUGAAUGAAUCUUUGAAGUACUGUCACUUCAUUUUGGGAGGGAUUGAGAGAUGUCAACAUGCACUUCAGUAGAUGGCUGAUGUUAGGAAGUGUAGAAGUGAUUUGUCCCCCUUCUUCUCCCUGGCAGGAUUUUAUUUUCCUCUGCAUCAAGAAAUCAAUGUGCUGACCCUGUGGGCUCUUCUGAAAGUCUCCUAGGAACCAGAUAGACUCAGAGGACUGUUCAAAGGCUAAUCCAUCAUCCAUAACAUGCAACAUAGAUGUGUUAGCUUAAUUCUUCACUGGUCUUGCCUUCACUGGAAUGUUUCUAACACUUUUGGAUUUCAUAUGCAUACUUGACAAGGAGAUUACAACAUGAUCAUGACACAGUUCUUGCACAGACUAGAAGCAGAUGUCAGUGGACUCAGGCCUUUAAAAUGUAUUUCAGUACCUCAAAAGUUGCUUAGGGAAUAGACUUCUGUGGGUUGUGUGCAGAGCAGGAUCUUACCCUUCUGAAAAUGCCAUUUUCUUGUGCCUUUUCUAAAAUGCCAGAUGUUUCUGUAUCGGUGAUGCAUGGUUACAAUCCACUCAGAGAUCUCAAAGCCAUGCUUUGCUGGGGGGAGGAAAGAGGGGACCUGACUGACAUGUUUUUGUUCACAGCUUAUGGAUACGUAUCAGGAAAAUACGAAGCAAGUAAUGAGGAUUAACUGUUCAAAAUCUGAGCCUGCAGUUAACAUGCAGAAACACAAAUCCCAGCUAUUCUGUCUAACAGUAAAUUGCAUUUUCCAUGCUGUGUAUAAAAAUCUUAACUGGCCUCUACUAACUCGGUAUCAGAGGUGUGGUAUGUACAUGCUAAGCAACUACUCUAAGGGUUAAGGUCUUUGGUUGCUAAAGCAUAGAGUUAGCAUCUCACAAAGCCCCAGUUUCUAUAACUAAACUCUCACAACUCCAAAAAGUUCCUGUGUGAUGCAAGUCUUACCAACUAGUUUUACUAAGCUGGUUUUUGUCAACCAUAAGUUGUACCAGAUAAAUAUUUUGAAUUAUCAGAAUAGGAAACAAGAAAAUCAGGGCUUCUUUAGUAGCAACCUGAGGUAUUCUGUAGAAGGGGGAAAAGAAUUUUGCACUGAAAUGAGCCUUUCCAUGCCCAUGGAAUUGUCUGGAUGGUGAAUGUAAAUUUUAUGCAUACACUUGUGUGUUUGUUUUUUUUGUUUAGAAACUGACUUCAAAUAGUAACAGUCAGCCAGUCUCAGAAAGGUUUCCAGAAGGAGAAAACAAAUUUUUUUACAUUAGUUUUUUUACAUAGUUUUAUUUCUUUCAGUCCAAAUAAGUGUGGCUUUGGCAUCAGGAUACUAUUAGGCUAAAUUCAAGAAACACUAGCUAGUUUGAGUCAGGUAAAGCCUCUCAAUAGGGUGGUUACAAGCAGCUUUGCUGCUCAGGCAUGCAGCAAAAGUACUGUGGUAAUAAAUAAACACUUGCAUUCUUGUACAGCCCAAGUUUUAUUCACUGAGCAAAGGAAUUCCACAAGACAGACCCUCUCUCUGACAUGUUCAGCCCCCACUUCCACAUAAAAGCAGUCUGUUGCCAGCAGCUCACCUCCUGCAAGCUUAGUCACUGCAGGACCUUAAUCUACAAUGUGCAGAGGAGGUCUUUGAUGGCACUGGGAAAUCCUACUUCACAACCUCUGAAACCAACAGCUAAAUACUGCUGAUGAACAUAAUGAGGAAUAGAAUCUUUUGCUUUCUGUUUCCAGGCAAAGCAGGUGAGGGUCUCUAGUGUGUGCCCAUGUGUGCUCAGCAUCCCUGAAGAUCAGACCCACCAUGAAAAAACAGGCUACUGGGUAGCUGUGUGCUGCCUUUGACAGGGUUGUGAGCAACCACUUGCAUAAGAGAGCAAAGCAUCAGCCUGCUGGGAACCUAGAUUUGUACAGUUCUGCAUAUAUAUAUAUAUAUACACAUAUAUAUGUAUAUGUAUGUAUGGGAAGGGGUCAAGUUUUUCAUUUUUUUUGUAGCAAUACAUAUUCUCUGUCAAAAGUUUUAUGGGGUUUUUCAAGACAAAACAGCAAACUGUAGUGGCAAAUAGAAUGGUAAAUAUCUAACUUGACAUACAGACAUGCAGAUCUGAGUCACAGGCAUUAUUCCAUUCUCAGUGUAAAAACUAGAGAAUGUUUGUGUUAAAGCAAAGUGAAAUGGGAGUGAAAACAUCCCACAAAAUAUAAAGAUUAUUUAAAAAAUGGUUAAAAUGUGGUAUUUACAGGCAACUUCCUCCCUCUAAUUUGUUUUGCUGAGGUAAGAUUUCUUAACAAACUACAACUUUAGGCAAUAUUUCUAGGCUAAUCCACCGUAAUCCACUAAAGUUGUUUAUUGAACAUGUGCAAAUUUGAAGUUAAAGAAAUAUAUUAGUAUGGCCUCUGAAAUCUCAAUCUUUAAAUUUUUUUCCUUUCUUUUCUGCUAGUUAAGCAGAGAAUGAAAUGGAAAUGGAUUAAUUUGGCCAUUUUAAAAAUAAGAGUUUGUUCAUUUGUUUGUUGGUUUUUUAAAUGAAGUGACCUUUUUCAUACACCCUAGUUUUGCCAGUAGAAAUCUACUGCUUAUCUGAUCGAAGAUAGCAUGACAGAAGCUUCAAGGUUUUUAUGCAGAUAAUGUGCCCAGGCCAGAGAGCUACUGGGACUUUAUUUUUGUUCAGCUCAUGUAGUCUCUUCUGAUGGCCACUAGAACUUGUAGUACCAGUGAUGAUCUUAGAACAAGAAGGAAUAGUCAUGUUGCUUUUCAGAGGCAGCUGUCUGAAUUUGGCUUCAGGAUACACAGUUUGGGUUGUGAUUCUAAGCCACGACCAGAGAUGAGAGGUUCUUUCAGUUCUUACUGGUUUGAAAAACCUCUGGGUCAAAAUCCCACUUCUCAGUGUUAUCUUCCAAAGAAUGCAUGCAGCUGUAGGGGAGCUCUGCUUCUGGGAUAAACGUCAGUUUCCACAUACUGCUUGGUCCUAAAAUGUGGGUGGCAGGUUGAAUAUAGCGUUUGAAGUAAAACAGUGAUUUGGACAUUCAUAGAAGGUUCCUAAGAUAUAUAAAAAUUAUUUUGGGAAUAGCAUUUGUCAUAGUGUUGUAGUAGAGUUUAUCUCCUUUUAAGACAAAAUGUGAUACAAAGUUCAACCGUACACAGGCAAAUUUUAUGUUACUUUUUUUAAAUUUCUGUUGUCACAAAUAGCAUUUUUACAAUCAUACAAGCUGAUCAUUGCAAAGUCUUUGACAGACACUUGGAAGUUUUAGUCAGUGUGCAAUUUGUCCUCCUGAGCACUAAACAGUAGCUGGUCCUUUCAGCCAGGAAUGGAACAAGCAGGAGGUGAGCAUGCUCAGAGUAUGUGUCUCUCAGGACUGGUAUUGAGUUCCUGAUCCUCAUUCUGAAGAGAUGUCCUGCUCUUCCACAGGCAGUUCCUCCCCGUCCGAUCCAACCUCUCUGCAGUCCUGACUCCAGUAACUAUUUACUGUGUUGUAAUUAGCAGAGUAACAGCUACUACAACCCCGUCUCAACAUUUCUGCUUCUACAUACCACACUGUUCACAGAAUGAGCUCGAGCUUUUGGGCAGGGUAGUAGAAUUUGACACUACGUCAUCCAUUCGAUGAUCCAACUAAACUGUCCAUUCUUGCAGCACAAGUUUGGGAUUUUGUGGUGAGUUAGAGAUGGGUGACUGUCAGGCCACCAAGACAACCUGAUUUUCAUUUGCAUAUAGGAACUGAUCUAUUUAUUUGCAGAGCGCAAUCGACACACAGAAUCUUGAGUCUCAACACAUUGCCAGCAAAGCCGUAUUGCUCGAGAAUAUAGUUCUGACAUGAAGAUUUUUGAGUCCUGAAAGGUUUCUGUCUAAGUUUCUAACAAUAAUUUUAUUAAAACUUGUAGAGGAGUUUCCUAAUAUGUAGACUAGAAGUGUUUUCUUGCCAGAUUCCUAACACACAGCGUGGGGCAUCAGCUGCAGAGCAACUCGUGCUGAGCCCAUUUAUACUCUGCAGCCAGCCUGGACAUGCAAUCCCUACUGGGACUACUCUCAGAGAGUUUUUAACUUCUCUGGUGGUAUCUGCCCUUUUAUGUCGGGAUACAACACAGAGAGUGGAUCUAGAAGUGACUUUUGCUGCUCUCUGGCAAACUUUCAUCAAUAAGCAUUACUGUUAAUUUAUCAGUCCCGUCAGCCUUAGAAUUCCAGACUCUCUAUGUCUUUACCAGACAAAGAGAUUCAACUUUCAUUGGUGUUUAAAUCAUGGCUUAUUUUCUGUUCAGAACAGUUGCAUGAAUUAGCCUUGAGUCAGAUACACACGAGUGUUUAUGCUUAAUGUUUUUUCUUGCUGCACCAUGGAUGGCUGCAUUUAUAUUAUACAUUUGUUUGCAAGAGCAGGUCACAGAAUGCAAAAUGUAUCCAUAUAUUAAUUUGAGAUCUCCUCAAAGGUGUCUUUCUAAUAGCUCACCUAACUUUUCUGCUUCAAGCCUGUUGUUGCAAUUUAUAAUUCCUUCCAUCCUUGAGGAGGAGAGAGCAACUCUUCUAAGAGCAACUCUGUUGCAGUUCUUUAAGAACACACAGUUCUUCCAACGGAGUUAAAGUGUCCCAAGUCUUUGCUUCAAUACAGCCCCUGUGAAAUCCUGGCAAUUGAAAACUGAUAUUUACCAGUGCUUUGCAUUCAGUAUUUCCCCAAACCAUUGGUAAAAGCCUUGAACCUUUGGUCAAUUCGGAAAGAUUUAGUUCUAGUAUUUUUUCAGCUUCAAGUGUCAUUACUUAGGAAGUGAAAAAGCAUUAAACACUUUGAAAAUCUGGGUCUGUACUUUGUUCUAGUGAGAGCAUAACAGAAAAAGAGGUAUCAUUCAUGACAGCAAAAGAGACCAAAUUUGUCAAAUUAACUGUGUUAAAUAUUGGUCACAGAGGCAAUAUGUUCAGUGCAUUCUUCCAUAUGUGUAUUUUCUCUUUGGUAGCUUUCCCUGAACAUGCUCCUUAGGUAGGGACAGUGUUUUUCUGCCUGAAGGCAGGACACAAGAGCUGCAGAAAAAAAGUAGAUGUAGUAGAGAUCUGACGCCAGGAAUGUUGAUUCGUUUUCAGAUCUCCUCAAAACACUUAUUUGCACACCACUGUAUUUUACCAUGAAAUGCAGUAACAAUCAUCAGUUUUCAUGUACAUAAAGAUGCUACUACAUUAGCUUCGUAUUUGGCACUCACUGGCAGGAAGUAACUAUUUUAUUGCUGUUGAAAUCCAAGGCAAAAUUCACAAAGGUGUAAUAGUAAAAAUUUGAUGUGGAGCUUCAGGGUCAAACUUAAUGCCGUAUGGAAACUGUUGAAUUCCGUUUUUUUUUAAUUUAGUUCCACAAAGGAUGCAUAUUCACUUAAGACAUAGUGCAGUGGAAGGGUGAGGUACAACUAGAGAAGAUGGGCUAGUUUGUUCACCGUCUGAACCAGGGGACUGUGUUUAAUGUGCUGUGGAGCACUAAAUAACAUCAGACAGACACGUGAAUGCUUUUUAGACGGUUCCCUCACAAGUUCUACAAUACCCACCCUCUCACAUUUCAAACUUGUUGUUUUAUGUCUCUGCAUCAGAAAGUUCAUUUAAGCAAAUUUUAAAUUAGAAAGGAAAUUUUCCUGUCUUAUCUUUGGAGAGAACGUUUUAUUGCAAGUUAUUUCAUCUUUAAAUUCCAAUUUAGAAUGUAAAAAAUGUGUAAUCUAAUAUUUUAUACUUACUGGCAUGAAGUAGGGAAAAAUUCAGAGAGGAAUGAGGAGGACAGGGAGCUCAUUAACUGAAAAGCAGAUGGUAGUCAGCUGGAGAAUAGUCAGAAUAGUGUUGCAUAGCCUUGUCUUUUUACUGGUCUGAAAGGACAGCCCCAGAAAGACACUCUUAAAAAAACCAAAGAUUCUCAUUAUUAAGGUCAAUUCAGAUGGAAGGGCUAUUAGUAAUUUUUAAGUGUCUAAGUGGGGUGGGAGAGAUGUUCUACAUACUGGGGAAUCUCAUACUAAUCAGACAUAGUUCUUCAAGAGACCUUACAACCUUCGACUGGACAGUCAGGCUCAACAAUCAUACUAUGCCCCUGCACUGUUUGCAUAGAACACCUGGUUUUAUUUCACUUUUAUUUGAAUAAAUUCAUGUCUUUGGUUUGACUAAUCAGCUGUACGAAGAAGCAGAUAACUUUUCUGUUUACAAAAAAAACCCUUGGAACUGGAGACCCCCUGCACAUAUCAAUAACAAGCUAAAUAAAAGAUGUUUGCUACCUAAUCUAGGGGAUAAAGAAUAACUUCUUGGUGGCAAAAAAAAAAAGUCUUUUUCCAAUGCCAAUGGUUUGAAAGGAAUCUAGAAGUUUUACACUUGGAAAAACAUUAAUGAUUUUUUCUUUUUACUUGUUGUAAUUUUUAAAAUAUUGUAAUUAUUCAGUCUGUUCUUCAGUAUUCAAGUUGAAAUAAGAUAGUGAAAGU